AUGAAUAAUACUGGCCAGGACGCACUCCUAUUGCUGAAAACUCUUCAGCUUCUCUGGACAAAGAAAGAGAUGAAGAAGCAGCUCAAGGAAGAAAUCAGGCGGGGCUUUGCGGGACUGGAGGACCCAUUGGCAGGACUCCUGGACAUGCUGGAGAGCAGCAGCGACUGGAAGGGGAAAGGGCAUUCCCUCGGGUAUUACAUCACCACUGAGUUGCAGCUUUGGAUAAAAGAGCAUCCUGCUCUUCAACAGUCUGGCAUCAAGCUGAAGAAGCUGCAGGCCCGUGCACUCAGAAUACUAGCGCAGUGCCCAGCUAAUCUUCUUGACCCUCUGAUUAGCAUUUACCAGCUCCAUACAGCAGACCGGAACUAUUUGCUUGAACAUGUCAGUCAUCUUUAUCACAGGGGCCAUUACAAAGAGGCGGCCAUGCUGAGUAUUAAGCUAAAAUUACAGCCAGAUCAAGAUGUGGAGAAGAUGUGUACGCCACUACUGCUCCAAGACAAAAGUAACUUGGUGGAAGAUUAUGUGGGAGAAUAUCCUGAGCUCCAGAGCAAGCUCUUGCAGAUCCUGGACACAUGGUGUGAACCUGGUUUUAAUAUCAACAACAUCACAAGACAAUAUCAAGGCCUGUCCAGGUACAAACCAGAUAAAUUUAACCGCAAAAUGCUAAGCAAGCUGGUCUUCAGGCUCCUAGACCGAUUUAACGUAGAUCCAGCUCUCUGCCCUAAUGUCAUAAAUCAACGGCACUUGAGAACUCUGAAUUACCUCUUUUACAAGAGAUUUGUUGAGAAAACCAUGACUUGGGAGAACUGGACAGAUCACGUUCAGAGCACAGUUGGAGAGAAUCAAUGGCUUCAAGGGCACCUGAUAGAGCUGCUGAUCAGUUACUGUGAUUUGAACACAGCGGCAAGAUGGGCGCAACGCUUCAAUUUGCCCAAGGAGAUGUUACCUUAUGGAGUGGCUGAUGAGCUUCAAAAGCUUCAGAUCCAAGAGAGGGUAGAAGAGGCUGUGAAAGCGGACAAUUACGAAGAGAGUAAGAAGAAGGAUUAUUACCAGCUUCCUAUUCCACGGGCAAAUAUUCACUUCCUGCAGACAUGGGAAGAGAUGCUGCCGUGCUGGGAAAAGGUGCUGCAGCCUGGGCAGGUUGUUGGCAUUGACAUGGAGUGGAGGCCUUCAUUUGGCAUGGUGGGCAAGCCCCGUGUCUCCCUUCUUCAAAUCGCUCUGAAGGAUGAGGUGUUCCUGCUUGACUUGCCACGGCUCCUUGAGCAAGCUGAGACCGAGGGUGAGAAGGAGAAGCUUCCUCGUUUCAUCCAGAUGCUCUACUUAGAUGCAGCCAUCACUAAACUAGGUUAUGGGAUGUCUGGAGACCUUAACAGCCUUGCAGCCACAUGUUCUGCUUUGAAAGACACAGAUAAGCAAGCACGGGGUGUGGUGGACCUGCUCAAAGUAGACAAACAGCUGCAGAAGAGUUCCAUUGACUGGAAGAAGGGUGGCCGGAAGGUCGAUGUACUGUCCUCGGAGCAGAGCUAUGAGGAUAGAGGGUUCAGGCAGCCGGAAAAAGGACUCAGCCUCUUGGUGCAACAUGUGCUGGGGAAACCCCUAGAUAAAACAGAGCAGCUGUCUAACUGGGAGAAACGGCCUCUCCGGGAGGAACAGAUCCUCUAUGCAGCUUCAGAUGCAUACUGCUUGCUGGAGAUCUACGAGAAACUCUGUAAGGAUCCAGCAAGCUUUGGUCUGAGUUCAGACCUGACUGAGAGUCUGGUGGGAAAACCAAGCAUAAAACCCAGGGCAAAGAAGCAGCUGAAUAAACAAGAAGUACCAUCACCUUCUGGACAGCAGUGCAGGGGAUCUGACAAGGAGACCCUGUGUGCCCCUGCUCCCAUCUCCCCAAAGGAGUUCAGUGUGGUCUGCGAUAACAUGCUGCAAGGCCUCGGGCGCUACCUUCGCUGCCUUGGGGUGGAUGUCCGGAUGCUGGAGAAUGAGGAUGACCAUCGGAAAGCUGCUGAGAUUGCCCGACAGGAAGGAAGAGUCAUUUUAACCUCUGGACUCCCAUAUCAGACUCUCCAGUCCCAGGUGGCAGAAGGAAGAUGUUUCUCUGUGAACUGCUCAGAAAAGGCAAGAGAACAGGCCCUGCAGGUUCUGAAGCACUUCAACGUUCAAGUGUCCCUGGCGGAUAUCUUCAGCCGCUGCCAGGUGUGCAACUGUGACAAGUACCUGAAGGUCUCGAGGGAGAGGAUGAGGCAGCUGGUGGAGGGCAGCAGGCAGGCACCAGGGGACGGUGACGCAGGCUGCCUGGCGAGGAGCGAGGAGAAGCCCACCCAGGGCUGUGAUGCCACCAUGCCAGCCUGCAACGCUGCCUGUCCCGGUUACACCCCGUAUGGCAUGUGGCUGGAGGGGCCAGAGCAGCGCAAGGCGUCCGUGGUGCUGGCGGGGGGCACAGUCCUGCAGGUCGCCGCCAUCCCCCCCGGGGUGCUGGACAAAGCCGAGCUCACCGACUUCUAUUGCUGCACCCGCUGUGGGAAGGUGUUUUGGGAAGGGUCCCAUUUUGGACGUGUCGUCUCCCAGUUUCAGGAUGUUCUUGUCACCACCAGGGAUGAGCAGAGCAUCUAUGAGCUGAGCUGA